CCGGUCGUCAGCGUAUUAGCUCACAAUUGUAAGUAUUUUACGUUUUGUGAAAAAAACUUAAGAGGAAGCACGAGCGCCUCAGCUGCGGCGACUUCCUGUUAAACAGACGACUGUGGAGUGGCAGAAAGCGAUGGUUUUCGGAAGAUAAUAUUCCCAUCCUGUGAAACCAGAAAAAAAGUUAAUUCAAAAUGAGCUGGAUUCCCUUCAAGAUUGGACAACCCAAAAAACAGAUUGUCUCUAAAACUGUUGAGAGAGACUUUGAGCGAGAAUAUGAUAAACUCCAAAAACUGGAGGACCAGACAAAGAAGCUUCACAAAGACAUGAAGAAAAGCACGGAGGCUGAUUUAGCCAUGUCCAAAGCAGCUGUGAAGAUUUCUGCAGAUCUGCUGAGUAACCCGCUGUGUGAGCAGGACCAGGCCUUCCUGGAAUCUAUGAUGGCUUUAGAUAAAGCAAUGAAGCGGAUGGACUCCUUUAACCAGGAGAAGGUCAAUCAGAUUCAGAAAACAGUGAUAGACCCUCUGAAAAAGUACAGUGGUGUGUUUCCCAGCCUUAACAUGGCAGUCAAACGUCGAGAACAGGCGCUGCAGGACUACAAACGCCUGCAAUCCAAAGUGGAGAAAUAUGAAGAGAAAGAAAAAACGGGGCCUGUUAUGGUCAAACUACAUCAGGCAAAAGAUGAGCUCCGACCGGUAAGAGAGGACUUUGAAGCCAAAAACAAGCAGCUGUUGGAUGAGAUGCCCAAGUUCUACCAGAGCCGCAUAGACUACUUCCAGCCGAGCUUUGAGGCCCUCAUCCGGGCGCAGGUUGUCUAUUUCACUGAAAUGUACGAGAUCUUCAAUGAUUUAACGGAGCAGAUCGACCAGGCAGGGCUGACUGACGAGCAGAGGCAGAGGGAGACUGAGACCAAGCUCAGCGAGCUGCGCGCUCUGUCCAUUGUGGCCGAUGACUGAGGAAAGCUGAACAUUGGGAAGGUCUCUUUUCAUGCCUCUCUGAAUGGAUUCCACUUUUUCUAAGCCCCUCUGGAGUUCAAACGGACAACAAUGGCCUUAACUUGAUAAUCAGUUUGUUUCUUUGUGGCCUAUGCACCCCCCCUUUCCUUUCGUGCUUUACUCUAAUUUUUCUUCGUACAGACACUAAAAAGCAGCUCAAUGCCACUUCAACUAAGCCAUCAGCCAAGGGUGACAUACUAGGCCAAUAUCUUUUAAAAAAAACUUUUUUCUUUUUUUUUUGCAAAGGAAUCAAAUCCAUUUUCCUCUGAAACCAUUGCCAGUUUUACAGUGCAUGGUUUCAAAGAUAUUGCUUUUUUAUGCAGGAAAUUAAGGAGAAUAUUCUUGGUCUAAUCUGCUAUCAUACCAAUAGUCUGUCAAAGUUUUUAUCACUGAAGACGGAAAUCAUAAUUAUUGGAUUUAAUCCUAAAUGAUGGACCACAGAUUAUCAGCGAAAAGCGGUAGACUUCUGUAUUUUGGGUUAUUUGUAGUUUGAUUGUGUGCCAGCCUGCGUAAGGGGGUUUUAAGUGGGGUGUACAACUUUUGUAUUUGUAUAUUCAUGUUCCUAUAAUGUGUCUGACUGGGUGCGACGUACAGACUAACUUGUGUGAUACGAGACGGAGCGGCGCAGGAAGGUGGACACACCAGCUGACUGGUUCUCUGUCCCCGAAAAAGAAAGGCUUGUGCUCCCUCUAGUGGGAAAUGCUGAGUACAACACCUCUGUCGCUCACAGCCUCCAUCCUUUGUUCUAUUGUUGGUUAGAAAAACAGGCUUUCACAUUGUUGGUAUCCUUUAAAGUCCUUUCUCUUUACCCUGGAAGCGAAGCAUUUGUUUUUGGCCUCCCACUAUUUUGGACCAAACCUUUUUGCCAUUGCACUCCUUUGUUUCCACCCUCCAUCAGGUAAACUGUCGUCGUGGUAAAUAAGAUUUGUAGUGAUUAACACAUUAAUGAUACUUAUGGCAAUUUUUUAAUCUUGUUUUUGAAUAUUUUGAAGGAUACUCUUUUAUUUUGUUGCCAGUCUUUAUGUUUAGACUGGCAGGCUGUUUGUGUUUGUGUUGAAUUAAUGAAGGUGCUCUUAAGAGUAGUAAGUUAUAGUAAUUUAAGAUAUUUCUGUAGUUGUCACCACGAGGUGUGGCUAUUCGAAUGUAAAAGCGCAGACUGAAUAAAAUGUUUUCAGCUGUACUGGUCAAUCAUUGAGUAAAGUAACUGAAACAAUCAACAA